AUGAGCUCCUACUUCGUCAACCCCCUGUUCUCCAAAUACAAAGGCGGCGAGUCCCUGGAACCGGCCUAUUACGACUGCCGGUUCCCCCAGAGCGUGGGCCGGAGCCAUGCGCUGGUGUACGGGCCCGGCGGCUCGGCGCCCGGCUUCCAGCACGCCUCGCACCACGUCCAAGACUUCUUCCACCACGGCACCUCCGGCAUCUCCAACUCGGGCUACCAGCAGAACCCGUGCUCGCUGAGCUGCCACGGAGACGCCUCCAAAUUCUAUGGCUACGAGGCGCUCCCCAGACAGUCCCUUUAUGGGGCUCAGCAAGAGGCGAGCGUGGUGCAAUAUCCCGACUGUAAAUCCUCCGCCAACACUAACAGUAGCGAAGGACAAGGCCACUUAAAUCAAAACUCGUCUCCCAGCCUCAUGUUCCCAUGGAUGAGACCCCACGCUCCGGGGCGGCGCAGUGGAAGGCAAACUUACAGCCGGUAUCAGACCUUGGAACUAGAAAAGGAGUUUCUCUUUAAUCCUUAUUUGACACGCAAGCGCCGGAUUGAAGUCUCUCAUGCCCUGGGACUGACCGAGAGACAAGUGAAGAUCUGGUUCCAGAACCGAAGGAUGAAGUGGAAAAAGGAGAACAACAAGGAUAAACUGCCUGGGGCCCGAGAUGAGGAGAAGGUGGAGGAAGAAGGAAACGAGGAAGAAGAGAAAGAAGAAGAGGAAAAAGAAGAAAACAAGGACUAAGCAAAAAGAGAAAAUCACCCCCCUUUUAGCAACUCCCUUGAAGUUUCGUUUUAUGGUAGCAGAUAAAUUGAGAAGUUUACGACUGUCAUUUGCUUUUAUAGAGAAUAGAAUGACACUCACAACUCUAACUACCUGUCAGAUACUUGCAGCUCGGGUUUUAUUACCUUUGGACUUUCCCCGUUCUUUAUUUGUUUGGGGGCUGAAGGGGGGGGAGACCCGAGACAUAGCAGAAAGUUCUGAAUGAAUCUCUGUAUUCUGCUCCUUGCCCAACACACACACACACACACACACACACACACACACACACACACACACACGUCCCUACUUCUGCCUUCUGAGUCCUUCCUGGAUUUUAAGGUCUGAGUCCUGGCCUUCUCUCCCCCUCUGGGUCUCUGCAGCCCCUUCUCACCACAUUCCCCACCUCCCUGUUUCUCUGGUAUUUAUUUUAAAGAAGAGUCCCUCAAAAUGUGGAAGAGGACUCUUGGCUUUGCUUGUAUCAGAUUAGAAUACUGGAGUUAAUUUAAAAAAAAUAAAGGGAAGAAUAAAAGAAAGGAAGGAAAAAGAAGGAUGAAUAAGGAAGAUAGCAAGGAAGAUCCCCUCCCCCUUUCUAAGGCUCCCUGUUUAGAAACCCCAUGACUUUCUCCAGGAACCUAAUGGAAACCUGAAGAUGUGGGUCUUUCUCUAAUACCUCUUCCUAAGGGGGUCAUUAGAGGCCUGCAUUAUCAUUGAAAUCCUACCUAGCCAUCCUACACUCACUGGGACCCAUGCCUUCCUUGCCUUUGCUAUUUGAUGUCUGUUCUUUUGGGCCCAGCUUCCUGGCUUCCUCUGGGCUACACUAGUGUUUGCGCUCAGAAAUCACCAUAAUCAUGAAAAUAAAUAACAAUAAUAAUAAAUCUUUAACAUACUACCUAAAGGGAACCUGCAAUAAUCUUGAAAAAGAAAAAGAGAAAUAAAAAAAUCCUACUAUAGGAGCAAAAAAAAGAGAAAAAUAUAAAAAUUAAAAAAAAAGAAAGAAGGAAACCUCCAACGUAUUUUAUCACUACCUAUAGAAAGACUUCUGCUUUGAGAGUACUCGUAAUGCGGUUUUGUUGUGUUUGUUGCUGCUUAUUUCACUAAGAAAAACCCAACAACUGAGACUGCCUAGCCCGCCGGUCCUGUGCGCUUUUAUUGUGCUUCUAACCCCAGUAGAAUAGAACUAAACUGCACUGAAUGUAUAGUUAACUCUGUCUUGAAUUCUCUGUUUAUGCAAUGUGCUCGAAA